AUGCCAGUUUCAGAGAUUACAGCAAUUCCUUCAUCGUUGUCAUAUUCACUUGAGUUGGAUCCACUGCUGAGGGAUCUUUUUGAGAAGAAACUGAGCCUGAAGAGGAAUGUGACUGCAAUGGCUACCGAGCUCAAGGAUGCCAGGAACAGGCUUGCUUCACAGGAACUGUUUCUGGCUCAGGAAUUAGAAGCCAGAAAGGUCGCUGAGCUAAAGGCGAAAAUUUUGGAGGAUGAGGUGAGCAAACUGCAGAAAUGCCUAGAGGACAAAGAUGAGCAGCUGCGUGCAUCGCUAUGUAGCACUGAGCAGGAUCUGAUUUUUGAGGAUGAUGGUGUGGCCAAGCUGAGAAAGGGUAUAAGGGUGCUAUCUGCUCACUGGGAAAACAGAAGCAAGGAACUGGAAUCACAGUUGCACAAGCAUCGGAGGACAGCCCAGGAGAUGAAGAGGAGGGUAAUGAGACUUGAACUCGGCAUCCAAGAACCACGGUCUCGGUUACCGAAACUUCAGAGGCUAAGAGAGAAAAGGGACAGAGCACUUACUCUUGAUAAAGAAGUAAGAAAUCAGACGGCCGUGGAGCAGCCCAGUUGUAAUGGCUCAGGCGACAAGCACAAUCUCUGGGAGAGCUCAGCCUUCAAGCUCAUAGCAUCCAUGUCAAUGUUGAUCCUAUUUACACUUGCAAAGCGAUGA